ACAGAUUGAUAGUUGCACUCAUUGACCCGACAGCAGAUCAGCGUGGUUUGCAAACUUCUAAUCUUACCAUGUCGUUCAGAGGAAGAGGGGGUGGCGGAGGCUUCAGAGGCGGAGGUAGAGGAGGAGGUGGUCGAGGUGGCCGAGGGGGAGGAAGAGGUGGUUUCAACAGAAGCUUUGAUCAGGGACCACCAGAUACAGUUGUUGAACUAGGCAACUACAUGAUGCCGUGUGAGGAUGAUGUUGUUUGCAAGUGUACCAAUGCCAAAGUUCCAUACUUUAACGCACCAGUCUUUCUACAGAAUAAACAACAGAUCGGCAAAAUUGAUGAAAUAUUCGGACCAAUCAGGGACUUUUAUUUUUCUGUAAAAUUAUCAGAUGACGUAAAAGCUGCCUCAUUCUCAACAGACCAAAAGUUUUACAUUGACCCAUAUAAGUUGCUGCCAAUGGACAGAUUCCUGCCAGGUGCUAAGCCCACUGGAGGCAGGGGUGGCAGAGGGGGAAGAGGUGGCCGUGGUGGACGCGGCGGCGGAGGCAGAGGAGGUGGGGGUAGGGGCAGAGGUAGCUUUGGGGGAGGAAGAGGGGGUGGCUUUAGCGGAGGAAGAGGGGGUGGGGGAUUUAGAGGUCGAGGAGGUGGUGGUGGUGGGGGUGGAUUCAGAGGGGGGUCUAGAGGUGGGGGAGCUGGUGGUAAUUCAUUUAAAAGAAUGAAGUUUGACUAA